AAAAGGCCUGGGUGGGGCGGGCGCGGCGGCAGGGCCCGCGAGUUCAGGUGAACAGUCUGCUCGUCGGGGCGGCCGGCAGCGGCGGCUCCAGGGCCCAGCAUGCGCGCGGGGCCCCGCGGCCACCAUGUACGUGGGCUAUGUGCUGGACAAGGAUUCUCCGGUCUACCCCGGCCCCGCCAGGCCCGCGAGCCUCGGCCUGGGCCCGCAAGCCUACGGCCCCCCGCCCGCGCCCCCUGGGCCCUCGCAGUACCCCGACUUCACCGGCUACUCUCACGUGGAGCCGGCCCCCGCACCCUCUGCGGCCUGGAGCGCGCCCUUCUCUGCGCCCAAGGACGACUGGGCCGCCGCCUAUGGCCCAGGCCCUGCGGCCCCCGCCGCCAGCCCAGCCCCGCUGGCAUUCGGGCCCCCUCCGGACUUUAGCCCGGUUCCCGCGCCCCCUGGGCCUGGCCCAAGCCUCCUGGCGCAGCCCCUCGGCGGCCCGGGCGCACCGUCCUCGCCCGGAGCGCAAAGGCGGACGCCCUACGAGUGGAUGCGGCGCAGCGUGGCGGCGGGAGGCGGCUGUGGCAGCGGUAAGACCCGGACCAAGGACAAGUACCGCGUGGUCUACACCGACCACCAGCGCCUGGAGCUGGAAAAGGAGUUCCACUAUAGCCGUUACAUCACCAUCCGGCGGAAGUCAGAGCUGGCCGCCAAUCUGGGGCUCACUGAACGGCAGGUGAAGAUCUGGUUCCAAAACCGGCGGGCAAAGGAGCGCAAAGUGAACAAAAAGAAGCAGCAGCAGCAGCAGCAGCCCCCACCGCCAGCCCACGAAGUGGCCCCCACCGCAGCUGGGCCGUCCCUGGGGGGCCUGGGCCCCAGCUCUGCCAGCCUCUUGGGUGCCUCCUCCCCAAUGCCUGUUAAGGAGGAGUAUCUGCCAUAGCCCCCUGCCCCCGCCCCAUGGGCUGGGGGCCUGGGGACUCUGACGCUGGGCAUGUGGCUCCCGUUAAGGCCUAGGAGGCUCGGUCUGAGUCCCAGCCCUGCCACUGACCUUCUAGGUAACCUUGGACAAGUUGCCCACCCAGCCCUUGCAUCCCCUUGGCCCAUCUGUGCAGUGAGCCUGUGGGAGAAGGACCUUUCCAGCUCCUGUGUUCUAGGCCUCAGGGGGGUAAAAGAACCCAGGGUAGGAGGUCUCAAUCCCCAGAGGGCUAGGUGAGGGGCCAUAAGUCCCUAGGUCCCACCUCCCCUUCCAUAGGCUCAAGGGUGGGAGGCCCCUGGAGGGAGUGCACUGACUCUGGAGAAAGGGGGCAGAGCUGAGAGAAGAUGGAAAGCUUGCAGCCCAGAACCGAGGGGGAGGGAUGCGGUCAGCUCACACCUGCCUCUUCCUGCAGCCUCCCCUCCGGCUGCCCCCCACCGCAAAUUGCCCUGACCCCUGUCCAGGCUGGAUGCAAAGCGCAAAGCCCACAAGAUGGAACGAGAGCGAGAGGCUCUGAUGACCGACCCCUCUGGACCGCAGAGCCAUAUCCCCCCGCGAGCAUUCUCAGUGGGGCCUCCAGAUGGGGGGAGCCAGGGGGGCCCAGAGGGGCAGCGUCCACCUGCCUAGUUUCUGUCACCCCACUAGGCUGUCCCUUAGGGCCCAGGCCCCAGGGAGUCCCCGGGGGACUUCCUCUGGACCAAGCGGAGCUCACAGCUGGGCAAGCGUUGUACAUAGAGUGGAAUCUCUUGGAUGCAGCUUCAAGAAUAAAUUUUUUUUCUCUUUAAAAA